UUGGUUGGGUUUCAUUGGAAAGGUUGAGAAGCCCAGUCAUGGAGAGGUUCAUGUUAAAAUUAGACUUUAACACCACCCGCAGCUUAGUGGUGUGUGUGUGUGUGUGUGUGUGUGUGGUGGGGAGCGGGCAUUAUACUGAAGUAGUUACUGGGAAUAUAGUAUGGAUCAGUGAAUGUGAUCAGGUAUUAGCUGCAGCUUAAGCCAUGGGGUCAGGGGUUAGCCACAGUGUCCAGCCAUAGAUUCAGCCCUGUGUGACUUUUUCACCCACCCUCUCAUUAGGCUUGGGUCUUCAGCUAUGGAAAACAUGGAUCAUUUUGGGUUAGCAAAGAUUCAUAUGACCGUAACUUGAACAUUGUGGGUAGGCCUAUAAACGUGCAUUUCCUCUGUCAUGUGUAGGUACCUCUACACAGACAGAAUGUGUAACCCAACCGUUUCUCUCUGACAACACUAGUGGGUUUGGGUCUUGGCCAUAUGCACAAAUAAGCCUCGACCUGUGUGUUCUGUUCACACAUACCCACUGUUUUUGUGUGGCUAUGAGCGGGAUCUCUCUCCCUCAGCGCCACGUUCUUACAGAAUGAUCUCUCUCUUCUGAUCCCUCUACUCUUUAAGCUUGUUAGAUCCCAGUCUGUUUCCCAGGGACACCAUGAGAUUAGGUGUGUGUGUGUGUGUGUGUGCAGGCGUGCCCGUUUGAGUGUGUAGCCUGUGAACAUGCUGUGUGGGAGGAGUCUGUACUUGGCUGUUCCCUGACCUUGGAUGAGAAAAGUGUCUGGGUGUGAGAGAGCGAGAAAGACAGACUUGGAGAGUUUGGCAUCAACAAUGCACAUCAAGCUAUAAGGAAGGGAGGGGCACAGACCGAGACAAUGGGAGCUGCAGUAUAGGCUACUGCAGUGCAGGUUUGUGGGGUGUUGUUUCUGUGGCUGAAGAGAGAUUUGCAUUAGGAUUCUGAGGGACACCUGGCAACCCGUGGCUGAGCCGAGGAGUGACGAUGUCUGUACAGGCCAGAAGACAACACAGCAUUCAGCAGCCAAUGAAAGAGCCCGGAACAGGAAGCUGAGAUGGAGUUCUCAGGGUGCCCUGCUGCUGCCGGUGUUGCCGACGAGGCCCAGGAGGCGGAGCAGGCGGAGAAGGAGGGCCACGCCCAGGUUCUAUUUGAUGAGUUUGUCCAGGCGUCUACCUGCAGAACGACACUCCGUGCCUUCAACCUGCUGUGUGAGCACCUUCAGCUCUCACACACACACACACAGCCACAGACAUACCCCCCGACUCGGCCGCAGAGGCCUUUCUACCACACCCUCAAAGAACGCCUUAGCUACUGGAAGGCCAACGCACUGUGGGCCAAACUGGACAAACGGGCAGCCCACCACGAAUACGGGAAGGGCCGUGUCUGUGCCAACACAACGUGUGUGAUCAUUGGGGCGGGGCCAUGUGGUCUGCGUACAGCAGUAGAGCUGGGGUUCCUGGGGGCCAGAGUGGUGCUGCUGGAGAAGAGGGAUGCCUUCUCCAGGAACAACGUCCUCCACCUCUGGCCUUUCACCAUCCAUGACCUCAGGGGCCUCGGAGCCAAGAAGUUCUAUGGAAAGUUCUGUGCUGGAGCCAUUGACCACAUCAGUAUACGGCAGCUACAGUUGGUGUUAUUAAAGGUGGCUCUGUUGUUGGGGGUGGAAGUCCAUGUCAACAUAGAGUUCAAGGGACUUGUGGAGCCACCUGCAGACCAGGAGCAACAGAAGGUAGGCUGGAGGGUGGAGGUGAAACCCAAGUCUCACCCUAUUAACACACUGCAGUGUGACGUGGUGAUCGGAGCUGAUGGACGACGGAACACACUGCCAGGGUUCAGGCGUAAGGAGUUCCGAGGCAAGCUGGCCAUUGCUAUCACAGCUAACUUCAUGAACCGUAACACCACGGCUGAGGCCAAGGUGGAGGAGAUCAGCGGAGUGGCCUUCAUCUUCAACCAGAGGUUCUUUCAGGAGCUACGGGACGCCACGGGAGUGGACCUGGAGAAUAUAGUGUACUACAAGGACGACACACACUACUUUGUGAUGACGGCUAAGAAGCAGAGUCUGCUGGAGAAAGGAGUCAUUCUGCGGGACAAUGCAGACACAGAAACACUUCUCUCACGGGGAAACGUGGACCAGAGUGCACUGCUGGCCUAUGCCCGCGAGGCGGCAGACUUCUCCACCAAUCACCAGCUGCCGUCCCUGGACUUUGCCAUGAACCACUACGGGCAGCCUGAUGUUGCCUUGUUUGACUUCACCUGUAUGUACGCGUCAGAGAACGCUGCACUGGUCAGACAGAGACACGGACACCAUCUACUGGUCACGCUGGUGGGAGACAGCCUUCUGGAGCCAUUCUGGCCCAUGGGGACAGGUAUAGCACGGGGGUUUCUGGCAGCACUGGAUUCUGCCUGGAUGGUACGGAGCUGGGCUCAAGGCCUCGCCCCUCUGGACUUACUUGCUGAAAGAGAGAGUCUGUAUCGUCUCCUUCCUCAGACCACUCCAGAAAAUGUCAACAAAAACUUUGGUCAAUACACCGUAGACCCAGCUACCCGCUACCCUAACAUCAACCCUCAACUCAUCAGCCCCGCACAGGUGGGCCAUCUAAUAUACACAGGAGAGAAUGGAGGUUCGGGUGUGGUCCAGGAACCGCAACCCCGAUCCCCCUUGCCGAAGCUACUACGACAGGAGUCCUUUUCUCGCUCCAGUAAGCUUUUGUCGUGGUGCCAGCAGCAGACGCAGGGUUACCGUGGAGUUGCUGUUAGCGACCUCACUACAUCCUGGAAGAGUGGCCUAUCUUUGUGCGCCCUCAUCCACCACUACCGCCCUGACCUCAUUGACUUUGCCUCUCUAGGGGAGGAUGAGGGGGAGGUGAAUAUGAGGUUGGGGUUGGAGGUGGCAGAGAAGGAGUUUGGCAUCUCUCCUGUGAUGACUGUCGAGGAGAUGGCGUCUGUCAGUGAAACGGACACUCUCUGUAUGGUCAUGUACCUCAGCCAGUUUCACCAGCUCUUCAAGGACGCACUGCCCCCAAGUGAAUCCCAGACUGAGAGCCCAGAUGGAAGGGCUGCUGUGAUCGGUCCUGCCUCUCUCCUCAGCCGCCUGGGCCACAGCCCAUCCCGUAAGCGCAACCCCAAGGAGCAGAAGGAGAAGGAUGCGGUGGGGAAGAGGAGAAAGACCAGUCGGCCAUGUCUGGAGGACGUGAAACAAGAUCUCAGAUUAAGAUCUCAGGACAGUUAUGAGGAAGAGGCUGCCCUGUGCUCUGUGGGUGGAGCAAGCCAGAGCAGAGUGCGCUCGAUGGCCAAUCAGCUGCUGGCCAAGUUUGAGGAGAAUGCCCAUUGCCCCUCCUCCACGCCAGCUGCAGCUCUACGCAGACAGGGGGACUCCAUGCCCACGCUUCCACCUCCUCCAGCAUCCCCUGACCCCCAGGCCCAGCCAGCCCUUGUGGCCUCCGCUGCCACCUGGAAACAGAAAUAUGUUCAGAUGUACACAGGGGGAGUGAGCUCAUUGGCUGAACAGAUAUCCAAUCAGCUUCAAAGUCAGGAGUCACCUUCACCCCAGCACACUGCUGAUAGGAAGGAAACGGCUGCCGUUCGCUCUGUGUUGGCAGGGUCAGGAGGGGCCAGUGAUGUGUGUUUCUUCUGCAGUAAGCGCGUGUACGUGAUGGAGAGACUCAGUGUUGAGGGACUGUUCUUCCACCGGAGCUGCUUCCAGUGUGACCACUGCAGCUCCACCAUCCGCCUGGCCUCCUACGCCUACGACCGGCCUAACGGGAAGUUCUACUGUAAGCCACACUAUGACGUCCGUCUGGUUGGGCCGGUCCAGAGGAAGAGGGCAGCCCCCCCGACCUCCGAUCAGCCCUCGACCCCCUACGAACGGACCCCUUCUCAGCGGAUCCACCUGGAGUCCCACGCUGCUCUGUCCACUAACCCUCGCUCCUCAGUGACUGUGGUGACAGCAGAUCGCAAGUCCUCAGUGGCAUCUCUGAUUGAGAGGGAGUGCGGCUUGGCUAAGCGCGUGCACGGCACGCCAGAACGUAUAGAGCUGGAGAACUACCAUGUGAGCCUGGGGAGCCUGGAGACUGAACAGCUAACAUAUGAGCCGGAGGAGGUGCCAGAGGAGACGCUGGCCAAUUACAACCUCAGUCUGCUGGUGACAGAGGAGAAGAAGGCCAAUCACAAGCGCAGCCCGUUGUGGGACAAGAGCAACGAGGGCUCCAGUUCAGAAUCAGAGACGGAGGAGGAGGGGGAGAGGCAGCGGGCUCAAACCAAUGACCUGGCUAGAGACUCCUGGAGGAAGGCCAUGGAACUACAUGCACGCCUCCGAGGAGAGAGAGGAGACGACGAAGAAGAGACAGAAGAAGGAGAGGAGGAAGGAGAGGUUGAUGAGGAGGAGUUAUCUAGUGAUGAGGAAGGAUCAUCCCCCCUCACUGCUGAGGAGGUAGCCUCGUUGGACGAGUGGCAGCAGAGCGCACACUCUCAAAACACACACUCUCCAGACACACUCACGCCUGACUCGACCUCCACCACCUUGGGAUGCUUCCCCGGUCCGGAAGUGGGAGAGGAGGAUGGGGAAGAGAAAGAGAGAAAAGAGGAGAGAGGAGGGGGGGAGAGGGUGCGUGACCCCAGCAGUAGUUCGGGGAUCGGUGUGGGCGGGAGCUCCACCACCUCUACCUCGGACCCUCUCACCCCUCCCUGCAUCCUUCCCCCCGCCCAGCACAGGGCAUGCUGGGACAGCCUGCCUCUCCCUGAUGUGGAGGCGGAGUCACUGCAGAGCCCCGCCCCUCGCCCUGCCCCUCGAUUUGUCCCCGCACCUAUCAUGGCGUCGGCUGUUGUGCGGGGGGUCGGGGGUAAGAAAAUGAAUCCGUGGGACGUGGGUGGGGGAAGCGGGCCUGCCGCGGGGGGGUCUGUUGGAGCGGGGUCUCUUGGGGAGCAGCUGUGUAAGGGUGAAGAAAUAGACCCCUUAGAGGACAUCAGCUCCCCCUUGUCCCCCCUGAAGCCCCUUAAGGCAGUGCCCAGAGACGAGAGAGAAAUCGGGAGGAAAAGGGAGAUGGAGAGGAGGAGGGAGAUAGAGAGAGCAGCCAUGGGGGUGGGCUGGGAGGACAUGAAAAUCACCCUAGGAAGGGAGCCUCUCCCAGGGAAGAGCAGAGGAGGUCUGGACCCCCGCAGACUCACAGAGAGCCUGCCUCCCCUCCUUCUCCAGGGGGGCUUCAUCUUCCCUUCACGUAAGUGCCGCAGGGACAACCAGCCCCCCAGCCAGAGUGUGCCUGAAGCAGGCAUAGGAGAGGGUGGACCCCUGGGCCUGUGGAGAGCUGUCAUCUCUGGCUAUAAGAGGGACAGGAAGAAGAAGGGCAGGACUUCCCUUCCCAAUUCGACAACAGCCCCAGCCCCCAAAGAGCAGGGCAGGAGGAAAGCUUCUGCAGAGAGAAGAGGUGUGAAGUUCAGGGAGCGCCAGAGCUGGUUGGAGCAGGAGGAGUCAGACAUCACCUGCUCUGUUGUGAUGGAGAGAUGCUCCAUGAACCCCAAGGCCAACCUUCGUCUGGAGCUGUUUGACCUAGCGUCAGACCUUCAGAAGGAAACCAUUGAGGAGGAGGAGGAGAAUGAGGAAGGGGAGUCUGCAUAUGUGCCUCAUGCCCUGGCCUUUAAGAGGGCGUAUGCCAUUAAGAGGCACGUGGGGAAAGAGAGGGAGCGGGACAGCUCCCCCCUUAUGGAUACACAGCGGAAGUCAUCGUGCCCUACGGAGGUGGUGGGGGUACUGGUGCACAUGAAGGACCCGUCCAGCCUGGAUGUGUCAGAGGCCAUGUUCCACAGAGACCGAGACCCAGAGGAGGAGGAGCUAGAUGCCAGGUUAACACGCAGGGUACAGAGGGCAGCGCGCAAACAGGCCAAACAGGAGCAACUCAAGAGACUGCACAGAGCCCAGAUGAUCCAAAGGCAGUUGGAGCAGGUGGAGGAGAAGCAGAGGCAGCUGGAGGAGAGGGGUGUGGCUGUGGAGAAGGCCUUGAGAGGCGAAGCAGACUACUGGGGAGAGUCGAAUGACAGUGAAGAGCUGGACUUGCACCUGGGAGUCAUGGGCAGGCAAGAUGAUCCAGCUCUGAUGCAGCAGUGGUUCAAGCUGGUCCAGCAGAAGAACUGUCUGAUGCGCUAUGAGUCAGAACUCAUGAUAUUCGCUCGGGAGCUGGAGUUGGAGGAUAGACAGAGCCGUCUUCAACAGGAGCUCAGAGAGAGGAUGGCCGUGGAUGACCAUCUGAAGGGUGAGGCAGAGCUGGCUGAGGAGAAGCUAAUCCUGGGGGAGAUGUUGGAGGUGGUGGAGCAGAGAGAUGCUCUGGUGUCUCUGCUGGAGGAGCAGCGGCUGCAGGAGAGCCAGGAGGACAGAGACCUGGAGGCCAUCAUGCUGUCCCGGGGCCUGGGCCUGCACAACUGGGCCUGAACCUAAACAACUGGGCCCAAGCACAGACACCUCACUUCCCCUCUAAAGCUGCGAUCAGGGUCACGGUUGUGAGGUCACUUCCCCUCUGAUACAACGUUAUGACCAGGAUCAAGGCGGUACAGUGUCUGGAUGAUCAGUUUUUAGGAUUGAAGAUGUUUCCCCAAUCCCCACUGCUACACACAUCUUGCUAUACCCCUGACUGACUGACGGGCCUGUGAGACUGAUGGCCCUAUGCUCACUAUACUCACCCAGGCUGCUGUUAUGGCGAUAUGUGGCAUGUAUGAAUGAUUUGUAUUGUUAUUUAUUAACCAUUUAGAAAAAUGUAUAUUAUGUAAAAAAGAAACAGCACUGAUUUUUUUUUUAAAACCUUUUUUAAAAUGACAUGAAUAAUGUUUUACUUCACACAUUGGAUAAUAAAGACAUUCUGACA